AUGUCUUCCAAGGGCCAGAACCGACCCAACGGGAGCACCAGCAAGGGAGAGAAGCACGAGAAGGCCGGCAAGAAGGAGCUGUCGGAGCGAGCACGGAAGGAUGCAGAGAUGCAGGCCAAGUUCGCCUUCUUCUCUCCCAGGUACAACGGUGAGGGUGUGGAGAAGCUGGUCUUGGCGCUCGCCACCAAGCACAAUGAGCACGGGCUGACGCAAGUUCUCCCCGUCGGCGCAGAGCGCGACCCGCAGUACUUCAGGAUUUUCGGGAGGUUCAUCCUAGCCGGGCCCCACAAAGGCAAGGAGCCGGCUGCAGAGUCGGGGAAGGGUGGCCAGGACCGGGGCUCCGCCAGGCCAGAGGACUUGGACUCCGACGAUUCCUCGCUGGGCAUCGGAGGAGACUCGGACGACGACGACGAUGACGCUCCCUUGGAAGCUGGCGGGGUCGCGUUGGAGGAGGACGAUGACGACGACGACAUCCCCGUCGUGAGGCGGUCCGCGGCAGAGCGGGCAGGCAGGCGGGAGGCCAGCCCGCAGCCUCAGGCGCCUCUUGUCAAUGCAGGGACUGUGGCCUCUGCCAACAGCGGGGCGGCUGCAGCAGCCAUCCCGGCUACCCUGGCGGCUCCGCCAAUUCCCCCCGCACGAAGCACCCCCCCAGCGAGGAGCAUUCUGCCGAACAGGGUGCUCAAGCUCAACCCACCAGGGUCUUCGAGGAAGAGGGGGCAGGCCAGUACUUUGCCGGCGGCCCCAGCCAAGAAACCCCGCCCGGCGUCGGGUGGUGGUGACAAGGACGCCGCUGAUGCGGCUGUUACUGCGACGGCAGCUGCCGCUGGGGACACAAGGGUCCCCGACCCGAGCUUGCAGGGCACCGGCCCGGCAGCAGUAGCCGGGGAUGUCCCAGCUACACCCGCGCCCACCGAGGUGCAGGUAAUCGACCUUACUGGCGAGGCCGAUGAUGAUGCUCCGGAGGAGGUUGCCUCCGCCGGAACCCUUCAACAACCUGCCCUGAAGCUUGCCGGGGACGCGACUGCUGCCGCAGGUGACGCCACGCAGACGGCACCGUCUGCGGUGGGUGACAUGCGGCAGCCUCUGCCAGCCAGGGCAAACAGCGAUGCCCUGGAGAAGCCCUCGAGCCCCCAGCCUGCCACUUUGGACGGGCAAGGAGUGGCGGGACUCAGCCAAGCCGGAGGCGCGUCACCGAACCCUGACGCGGCCUCGGGGUCACAGACGGUAAUCGACAACAUCCAGCAGCAACAGCGUAUGUUCGUUGAUUUCUUCAAUGAUGCGCAGCAGCACCAUGCUCGCGUGGUGGCGGAACUGGGCGCCGCGCUACGGGAGACAGAGGAGCAGCACACUGAGCUACAACGGCUGCGAGGGGAGCUCCAGCAGGCGCAGCAAGCUAGGGCGGCGCCUGCCGUGCAAGGAGUGCCGGAGGCUGAAGUCCUCCAGCAACUGUGGGACCUGCAGCAAGAGCACCAGCGGGAGCUCGACCUAGUGAAGGCCGCGCACACCUAG